AUGGCUGUGAACGGAGAUAAAACAACUUCAGAUCGGCCGGUCAGAGUCUACGCCGAUGGGAUCUUCGAUUUGUUCCACUUCGGCCACGCUCGCGCCAUCGAACAAGCCAAAAAAGCGUUUCCGAACACGUACCUGCUCGUGGGAUGUUGCAACGACGAGAUCACCAACAAAUUCAAAGGCAAGACUGUGAUGACGGAGUCCGAACGCUACGAAUCUCUCCGGCAUUGCAAGUGGGUCGAUGAAGUGAUUCCAGAUGCUCCAUGGGUUCUCACCACAGAGUUUCUCGAUAAGCAUAAUAUAGACUACGUCGCUCACGACGCUCUUCCCUAUGCGGAUGCUAGUGGAGCUGGAAAUGAUGUCUAUGAGUUUGUGAAGUCGAUUGGGAAAUUCAAAGAAACGAAACGAACAGAAGGGAUAUCGACAUCAGACAUAAUCAUGAGGAUAGUGAAAGAUUACAACCAGUAUGUGUUGCGUAAUCUGGACCGUGGAUAUUCAAGAGAAGAACUCGGUGUCAGCUUCGUCAAGGAGAAGAGGCUUAGAGUGAACAUGAGGCUGAAGAAGCUACAAGAGAAAGUGAAAGAACAGCAAGAAAAGAUACAAACUGUAGCGAAAACUGCUGGGAUGCACCAUAAUGAGUGGGUUGAGAACGCUGAUCGUUGGGUUGCUGGGUUUCUCGAAAUGUUUGAGGAAGGUUGUCACAAAAUGGGAACAGCGAUCAGGGACGGGAUACAGCACAGGAUACUGAGGCAGGAUUCAGAAGAGAACAGGUUGCUUCAGAAUGGACUGAUACAUGCCGACGAAGACGAUGAUGAGAAUGAACAAGUCUCUGAUGACAAUGAGUCUCCAGUAGGAGAGGAGAAGUACCAUGAUGAUGAGGAUUACUUGAAUGUGAGCAACAAAGAGACUGGGAUUGUAAAGAAAUGA